UGCCAGAGAAGCCUCAUCCAAGCCUCUUAGCCAUGGCCCGGCACUGAGAGCAUCAGCGGGAGCACCCCUACAUCACACCUCCCGGGCUCAAGGUGGCCUUUGGGGGCCCAGCGGCUUCUGACCUUAUUCCUGUGAUGGAGGAUUCGGGCAUCCAGCGAGGCCUCUGGGAUGGCGAUGCCAAGGCCGUGCAGCAGUGUCUGACAGAUAUUUUUACCAGCGUCUACACCACCUGUGACAUCCCCGAGAAUGCCAUCUUUGGGCCCUGCGUCCUAAGCCACACAUCCCUGUAUGACAGCAUAGCAUUCAUAGCGCUCAAGUCCACGGACAAGAGAACAGUCCCUUAUAUCUUCCGGGUAGACACCUCUGCGGCCAACGGUUCCUCAGAAGGUCUCAUGUGGCUGCGGCUGGUCCAGUCCGCCCGAGAUAAAGAGGAGCAGAACCUUGAAGCCUAUAUCAAAAACGGACAGCUGUUUUACCGCUCUCUCCGCAGGAUUGCCAAAGACGAGGAGUUACUAGUUUGGUACGGGAAAGAACUGACUGAGUUACUCUUGCUCUGCCCCUCUCGGUCCCACAGCAAGAUGAAUGCGGGGUCGUCCCCUUACACCUGCCUGGAAUGCAGCCAACGCUUCCAGUUCGAGUUCCCCUACGCGGCGCAUCUGCGCUUCCGUUGCCCCAAGAGGCUGCACAGCGCCGAUCUGAGCCCCCCGGACGAGCAAGGCGGCGGCGGCGGCGGCGGCGUGGGCGUGGGCACCAAGGACCACGGGGGCGGCGGCGGAGUCGGCGUUGGUGCCAAAGACCCUCCGCCACCGCGACAAGACGCGUCCCUGGGCCCGGGCCCCAAGUUCGCCUGCAGCAAAGCCGGCCCCAUCCACCACUACCCGGCGCCCUCCCCCGAGGGUACCAACCCGCCUCCCGUCGGCGGCGGCGGCGGUGGCGGCGGCGCUAAACCCUCCACGGAUUUCCACAAUCUGGCGCGGGAGCUGGAGAACUCCGGGGGCGGCCGCAGCUGCUCCCCGGGCCGGGGCCUCGGCGGCGGCGGCGGCGGCGGCGGCGGCGGCGGCCACCAGGAGGCGGAGCUGAGCCCCGACGGCCACGCCGCGGGCGGUGCCAAGGGGAAGAGGAAAUUCCCGGACGAGGCGGCCGACGGCGGCGGCGGGGGCGCGGGGCUGGCGGCGGGCCGGAGCCGCUUCUCCGAGCGGCCGCUGCCCGUGCCCAAGGAGGACCUGGUGUGCACGCCGCAGCAGCAGUACCGCGCGCCGGGCAGCUACUUCGGCCUGGACGACGGCGGCCGCCUGUUCGCGCCGCCCAGCCCCGAGACGGGCGAGGCCAAGCGCAGCGCCUUCGUGGAGGUGAAGAAGGCGGCGGCGGCGGCGCGCGCGGCGGGCUUGCAGGAGGAGGCGGCGGCGGCGGCGGCCGACGGCGGGGGCGCCGACGAGCAGGAUGCUGGCGGCGGGGGCGGGGGCGGCUCGUCCACGCCGGUGGCAGCGUCGCCGCGACCCGGGGCCCCGCUGGCCGGCCGGCUGGAGGGCGGCAGCCCGGCGCGGGGCAGCGCCUUCACGUCGGUGCCGCAGCUGGGCGGCGCGGCGGGCGCGGCGGGCGCCCCCGGGGGCGCGGCGGGCACCGGGCCCGGCGCGGCGGCGGCGGCGGCGGCGGCGUCGGACGAGCGCAAAAGCGCCUUCUCGCAGCCCGCGCGCUCCUUCGCGCAGCUGCCGCCGCUGGUGCUGGGCCAGAAGCUGGGCGCGCUGGAGCCCUGCCACCCCCCCGACGGCGUGGGACCCGCCAGACUCUACCCCGCCACCGCCGCCGCCGCCGCGGCCGCCGCGGCCGCGGCCGCCGCGGCGGGCGACCCGCUGGCCGUGAAGCUGCAGGGCGCGGCCGAGCUGGGCGCGGGCUGCGGGGGGCUGCCCAAGCAGAGCCCCUUCCUCUACGCCACCGCCUUCUGGCCCAAGAGCUCGGCGGCCGCGGCGGCGGCGGCGGCCGCGGCGGCCGCGGGACCCCUGCAGCUGCAGCUGCCGUCGGCGCUCACCCUGCUGCCGCCCUCCUUCACGUCGCUGUGUCUGCCCGCGCAGAACUGGUGCGCCAAGUGCAACGCCUCGUUCCGCAUGACGUCCGACCUGGUGUACCACAUGCGCUCGCACCACAAAAAGGAGUAUGCCAUGGAGCCCCUGGUGAAGCGGCGGCGGGAGGAGAAACUCAAGUGCCCCAUCUGCAACGAGUCCUUCAGGGAGCGCCACCACCUGUCCCGGCACAUGACCUCGCAUAACUGACGUCGGAGGGGGAC